GAUUUGCUCUACCGCCAUCACCGAAGGCACAAGCUUUCUUGGCGUGUGCAUACGUAUGUGUACGUAUGUGUGUAUGUGUGUGUGUCAUUGUCAGCGCCCACCCGACUGAUUGAAUUCCCCCCAACUGCUCUUCAUAACAGACGAAUAACAAGACAGCCUUUCGUAUGUUGUUAUCGCCUUUGUCUUUCUCCUACUUGCUCCUUUGUUCACCGCACAUCCGCGAUUGCGUAUCACUGCUAUUGAAAGAAGUUCUCUCUCGAGGCUGCGACGCACGCAUGUUCUUCGUCUCAUUCUUCUCCUUCCCAUCAAAAAAGGAAAUACCGUCUCUUUCUCCCUCCCUCCCCCUCCCAUUCUUACAGUGCUCGAAGUACUUAACGGAGAACACGCACAUAGCCUUUUUGUUUUUCCCCCGUAGGCAUCGCGGGUGAGAUAGGUGAUCGAAGGGCGGCACCCAUGCACGCUUUUCCAUCGUCCCCUGAAGGGUGGCAGGCGUCUCCGGAUCAGCCACGGCUGCCACCACCGCCUCUCCCAAACACCACGGCGAGUACCAACCUACCAAUCUUUCCCGACCGUGGCUUUUCCACCUACGGGGCUUCUGUGGGCUCCGGUGCAGCGCCCGACGGUGCCAACCUGACUGCGCCCUCCUUUUAUUCGAACCCCAACUGGGCGAAUACAGCCACGAAUUCAAGAAGUUGUGUACGGCCUCCACCGCCUUCGCUUUCUUCAAAUCCCUUUGCGCCUGGUUGCCCCGCACCGCCUUUUUCUUCUCUCUACGGUGCCAGCGCUCGGCACGGAGCGCCGUUCACCGCGGCGGGUGUGUGGGACCAAAACGUAGAUGAAAGCAGCUACGGCGAUGCUCUAAGUGCCUUCCGCGGACAUCCGCCUGCAGCUCCCCCUUCACGUUCCGCGGUCCUGUCCGCAGCGUCAGCGGGCUGCACGCAGAACGAAAACGAAGAGGAGAUCGCCGAUGAUGAAAGGGACGACGGGAGGACCGGCGCGGAGGAGGAUGAGCAGCGGCGAGGAGGCUGCUAUCAUCGGGGGCGGCAGCAGGAGCAACAACGACAGAGUAAUAACGACGACGCUGCUUUUUUCGAUGCGAGGACGACGCUACACACCCGGCUGCACCUGAAUCCUCUCGUCGCGUCCGCCAAUUUCGCCUCGCCCAGUUACGCUUCGACGGACCCGAUUACCGCAGCUCUUGCCCGGCAGCAGCAGCAGCUCUACAACGGCGAGCCCCGCUCUCCACUGUCUCCGCGGACGCUACAGGCGCUCUGCAGUGCGUCUGCGGAGGGUCGUCAGCACAGCUUCCUCGCGCAACUCACGCCGGACGAUGUGCUGGCCCCGCCACCGCUAGCGCUGACGUGGUACCCAGCAGUGCCGCCAGGCGUGACACAACACCCAAAUCGUAAGCGAAGGCUGAGUGGGGAAGCGACAACGUAUGCCAUGGCGCGGCAUGAGAUCGAUCGAUUACAGGAGGAGGGUGAGGAUGCCUGGGAGGGUGGCAACCAGCGACUAACCUCAACGGAAGAGGAGGGACAAGAAGAUUCAGUGGUCAGCACAGACGUGCCGAUGCUGCCGCUGCGUCGCGCUCGGUUUGAUCCGACGGCAACGUCAACUGUCGCCGCCGCGACUGGAAGUACUCCCUCUUCCGCCGAUUUUACGCGCAUGCCGCCUGACACGACCACGGCGACUUCCAAGAACUCGGAUUCCCGAAACGAACUCGCUGCCCCGGAAGGAUCGAAGGAGGCGGUGAAGGCGGCGGGUGAUGCUUCGACGGCAGGAGGUGCGAGGACGAUCGCACACGCCGGUGCGCAUCAGAAACGUGAGCGGAGUGAGCGGGUCUACGAGUACAUGUCGCACGGCAGACGACUAAACUGA